AAAGAGAAAAAGUAUUUCAUUUCCCUCUCUCCUAUCCCCUUUUUGUUACCAAAAUAGAAAAACCCCUUUCUCCGCUGAAGCUCGUCACAACACAGUUUUUAAAACUUGAAAGAUGUGUGAAAAUUCGAAACGGGAAUGGUCCAUCAAGGACUUUGAGAUCGGAAAACCACUCGGCAAAGGAAAAUUCGGUAGAGUUUACGUCGCCAGAGAAAUCAAGAGUAAAUAUGUGAUUGCGUUGAAGGUUAUCUUUAAGGAACAACUAGAAAAGUAUAAUAUUCUCCAUCAACUAAGGAGGGAAAUGGAGAUACAGAUAAGUCUUAAACAUCCAAACAUCUUGCGUCUGUAUGGUUGGUUUUAUGAUGACGAGCGUGUUUUCUUGAUUCUUGAGUACGCUCAUAAUGGUGAGCUAUACAAGGAGCUUCGCAAAAGAGGUCAUUUCUCAGAGAAGCAAGCUGCAAAGUACAUUUUAAGCCUCACGAAGGCAUUGGCAUAUUGUCACGAGAAGCAUGUUAUUCACAGAGAUAUCAAGCCUGAAAAUUUGUUGCUUGACCAUGAGGGUCGUCUUAAGAUUGCAGACUUUGGUUGGUCUGUACAAUCUAAAAGCAAAAGACAAACCAUGUGCGGAACAUUGGAUUAUCUAGCUCCUGAGAUGGUAGAAAACAGAGGUCAUGAUUAUGCCAUUGAUAAUUGGACUAUAGGCAUCCUUUGCUAUGAGUUCCUCUAUGGUGUUACUCCAUUUGAGGCUGAGAGUCAAAAUGAUACCUUCCAAAGGAUAAGAAAUGUUGAUCUCAACUUCCCUCCUACCCCUCUUGUUUCUAGAAAUGCCAAACAUCUGAUAUGUCGGCUCCUAGAAAAAGAAUCUUCAAAAAGGCUCUCACUUCAGAAGAUAAUGGAGCAUCCUUGGAUAAAAGAAAACGCGACUGAUAUGACUGUCGGCGAGUAGUAUCUAACGACUUUUUACACGUAGUGGCCUAUCCAUAUGAUAGCAUGCCGACUCUUGAUGUUGAAUUACAGCCUGAUGUUUCUCCAUAAUACACAACUUACUCUGUAUUGUUUCAUUUUUUUUCUUUGGUUAAGUUUGAGAAUGAAACAACAGUUGAACUAAUUCCACCUAGUUUUAGGAGCAUUAAAGGUUCAUGUUUGUGAGAAAGAUUUUUGUAGACCAUGAUGAGGAAGUUUUCAUGUAAAUAUUAGUUAAUGCAAAUUAACAAUGAAAGGUAGAUUUCUUGGACCA